UCUCGCGUAGCGAGCACGACAUGCAAUGCCGCAGUGCAUGAGGUACCAUAUCGGAAGAGGAGGCUAGAAGAUGUUGUGCGCAAUCUCCGGCGAAGCGCCUUCACAGCCCGUCGCGUCGCGCAAGUCCGGGAAUGUCUUUGAGCGGAGACUCGUCGAAGCUUACAUCGCUGAGAAUGGCACCGAUCCCGUCAAUGGGGAAGCGCUCGCACUCGAAGACCUGAUCGAUCUCAAACAAUCACGCCUCGUCAAGCCUCGACCACCGACGCUCACAUCCAUACCCGCGCUGCUCUCGACGUUUCAGAAUGAGUGGGAUGCGCUUGUCCUCGAGACGUUUCAGCUCAAGCAGCAGUUGGCGGAGACGCGGCAGGAGCUAUCCACGGCACUCUACUAUAAUGACUCUGCGCAAAGGGUCAUAGCUCGGUUGCAGACUGAGAGAGACGAGGCGAGAGACGCACUGUCGAAGCUCUCGCUGACUGCCGCGCCAAACGGAGCUUCUCAUACAAAUGGCGAUGCCAUGCAAGUCGACGGCCAGGAGCUGCCAGAAGCCAUCCUCGCGAAGAUCGACGAGACGCAGCAGAGGCUGUCAUCCACCCGCCGCAAGCGACCUGUACCCGAGGAAUGGGCGACUGGUGACGCAAUCGCCACGUACGAUGUGAAGUCGACUGCAGAUACUCAGUUUACUGGAGCGAAAUCUCUGGCUGUGGAUGAAACCGGCGACUUCUUCCUCUGUGGUGACUCGGAUGGCGCAAUCGGCGUGUAUGACCUCAAACAAGGCGCGUUCACAACCAGGAGUAACCUUGGGUCGGGUGCCGUUUUACACGGAGCUUGGGCGAACGACAAGCCUGUGGUUGCUACGGCCAGCGGCGCAGUGGUGGUAAGCCAAGAAGGCACUGUGCAAGCGAAGUUUCACCAGCACGCUGGCGCUGCGACGGCUGUCGCUGUACACCCAAGCCACGAUCUGCUAGCGUCUGUUGGUAUCGACAAGAGCUUCGUGAUGUACGACUUGCAGCAUUCAAAGGUGCUUACGCAGGUCUUUUCGGAUCACGAGUACACUACCGUCGCCUUCCACCCUGACGGCCAUCUUCUAGCAGCUGGCACAUCAGAUGGAUCGAUCUUGCUCUACGACGUCAAGACUUCACAGCUCGCUCACACUUUCCCACCGUCAGCGAGUGGAGCCAUCUCCUCGCUGUCCUUCUCCGAGAACGGCACAUGGCUGGCUUCAGCCACUCAAGGCUCGACAGUCGUCACGGUUUGGGACCUACGCAAGCUCAAUGCCUUGAAGACGCUUGAUGUCGGCACAGCAAUCACCGGACUCUCGUGGGACUACACGGGCCAGUUUCUCGCUGCGUGUGGGUCGGGUGGCGUGGUGGUCAGUCAGUAUGCGAAGAGCAACAAGUCUUGGAGCGAGCCGCUGCGGAAGGCCAUCGAUGCUGUGGACAUGAAAUGGGGUGCGAGCGCGAAGUCGCUUGUUGCCUUGACCGGGGAUGGUGCUGUUAGCGUGCUUACUGCGUAGGCAGGCAUAACAGCAUGAACGUCGAAUUCGGAAAGGCAAGGCAACCGGAGUUCAGCUCGGCGGACUUGAUGUGUAUGAUAGGGUUGGACCGAGCAGACUCCCGCCACGCGGUGUGUUGUAUGUAGGAUCAGCGGUUUCACACGGACAUAAGGACU